GCCAUCUUUAUCAAGCUUCCUUUGAAGUCUCCACUUGCAAAAAAUCCAGCAAACCCGGUAAUGCAACAACAGAUGUGAAAGUACUUUCUCUUCUGCUCUUUCCACGUUCUCCCGCCCUGUUGUGUGUUUUCUCGCGACCCCUGGAGGUCAGAGGGUAAAGUUCACCACACCCAAGAUGGCUGCCUCCUUCAAACAGACGGCGGCGGUUUCCGCGCCACGUGUUGGUAAGAAACAGACGCCUGACGCCGCGUACUGGAGCGACUUGGAGUUCCCGGUGACGGUGAAGGAGUACGGCGCCGUCUCGUGCGUGGAUUUCUGCCCGGUCGAGCCACACUCGUUCGCGGUGACCGCAAGCGAUCGGGUGCAGAUUUAUAACGCCAGGACGAACAAAGUAGAGAAGGUCCUGACCAGAUUUAAGGAGCCUGCUCGCAGCGGCCGUUUCCGUGGUGACGGGGAGCUGCUGGUUGCCGGGGGCGAUGAGGGGCUGGUGAGGGUGUUCCAUCUGGCCACCAAAACCAGCCUGAGAACUUUCACUGGCCACACCAGGUGGUCAGUCCAUGCUACAUGUUUCAGCUCAGACAAGGUCCGCGUCCUGUCAGCGUCGGACGACAAAACCACGCGGCUCUGGGACCUGGCCACGGGCGAGGCGGUCCAGACACUGACCGGUCACCAGGACUACGUCCGGUCACUCGCCGUCUGCAAGUCCUCAGCUGACUUGUGGAUUACUGGCGGUUAUGACCACACUGUCCGCAUGUGGGACAGCAGAACCCAGGAGUCCACGAUGACAGUCGACCAUGGACACCCUGUUGAGGCUGUGAUCAUGUUUCCUCACGGUAACAUGUUCCUGUCAGCCGGUGGAAACUGUGUCAAGGUUUGGGACGCCCUGGGCGGCGGCCGUCUCCUAGCAACCUGCACCAACCAUCACAAGACCGUCACAUCUCUCGCCUUCAACUCCUCUUGUACCAGACUCCUCUCAGCCUCGCUGGACAGACACAUCAAGGUCUACGAUGUUGGGACCUACCAGUGUGUGGCCAGCCUGACCUACCCCUCCCCUAUCCUGAGUUUUGGAGUCUCCCCCAGCGAGGAUGUUGUUGCUGUGGGGUGUGCAGAUGGGAUGCUGUCAAUCCAGCGUCGCAAGCAGGAGGACUCGUCUGCGAAACUAGCACUGAGACAGCGGAAAAGGAGAGGGGCAGCCAAUCGCAGGUACUACGGCAGAGGUGGAGACUACAGACCAGUGGUCGCCGACUACUCCGUCACUCACAGACAGAAGGAACAGCUCAAGAAGUUUGACAAGCAUCUUAAGACGUUCAGCAGCACCAAGGCAUUGGACGAGGCCUUGAAGCCAUGCUACCCCGCAGAGGUUACCAUCGGCGUUAUCCAAGAACUGAUCCGUCGCGGAUCGAUCACAGAAGCUCUCGCUGGCCGUGACGAGAAGGGGUUAGAGUUGCUGCUCACGUUUCUCUGUCGUUGGACGUGCGAAGAGAAAUACUGCCGCGUGCUUCUGGAUGUUACAACGUUGGUGAUCGAUAUGUACGCAGGGGUUGUGGGACAGUCAGAGAAGGUAGACAGGUUGUUACAGAAGCUGUUACGGUCGGUACAGCGGGAAACGAACCACCAGGAACAACUGUUGAACACGCUGGGCUCGCUGGAGACUCUGCUCUCAGCUGCACAGAGCAAGAACUCCAGCUAACAAACACUCAAAUCACUUCAUAGUUUUUGCAUUUUGUUUUUUUUAUUGAAAGCUAAUAUUAAGAAACAUCAAAUGAUACAAAUGACAAAGUGACAGCAGACUCAAGUGAUGCCCAACUUAUAUUCUCAACGCCACUUGUACAUUAUGGAAAAUAAAAUGUUUCACAAGACAGUCAAACUUAUGAAUAGUAAAUAGAUAAAUACAUAUCAGAUAUGUCGAAGAAGGUUAGACAUCCAGGUAGUAAGAUAGCAAAUACUCAACUAACUGGAUAUGAUUUGGGAAACAGUAAGACGUUUCAGAUAACAUCCGUUAUGUCUCGUCAGGGACACUGACGUCAUAACAGAACAUAUAAAUAGUUUGAACAUGAGUCCAAACUCUCCUCCUAGAAGAAAAGAAGGCAGAAAAGAAUGUUGUUAUGUUGUAGUUUUGUGUGACUUACAUGAUAUUACAGUUAACACCAUAAAAACAUAGCAAACUACCUAAGCGUUCUCAGAAAGGAAGGUGGAUAGGUACAACUUUAGAGUCUAUGAGGGGACAUGACCCCAGGACCUCUGGGUAUUAAGCCAAAACCCUACUGUUGCGCUACGCAACACCACUACACAUUUCAACAAAAGUAUACUUCUCAUCAUCUACUUUCUAGGGAGCUAAAUAAUGUA